CGGCACCUAGCCGCUACUCCUAGCACAGAAGGGCGGCUCUGGGAUCGAAGACCUGCCAGUGGAACCUGAAGAUCUAUGCACGUUGUUAAUGCUCAGCUGCUGUUGAAUGAAUCGAGCGAACAGGGUCCGUACUGAGAGAGUCCGAUGGAGGAGGUGCUUCAUACCUUUGAGCGAGCGUGCGCGGACCUGCAGGUUCCGGAGACGCGUGCACACGCAGAGGCCGUACUCCUAGCGUUCAAGAAGUCGCCGCAACCGCUGCAAGCAUGCCGCUUCAUCCUGGACCAUUCGCAGAGCCCGCUGGCGCGCUUCCAGGCCGCCUCGGUCUUGCAGGAAGCGGGCAUCAGGGAAUGGAGCCCCAUGUCGCUGGACGAGCGAUGGGGACUGAGAUCGUACUGUCUGCAAUGGGCCCUGGCCCAUGCCGACGACCCCGCCGGCUUUGUUCGCGGCAAGAUGCUGGCAGUGGUCGCUAUUCUACUGAAGCGGGGCUGGUCGGAGAACAAUCCAUCGGACAGGGACAGCUUCAUACGGGAUUUGCAACAUGCGGCGACGGGCGCCGGAGGCCCCGCUGUGCAGAAAACCGCACUGUCGCUGCUCGAAGCAAUUGUGUCUGAGUUCGCCCCCUCUACCGCCAGCCCAAUGGGCCUUUCCGCCGAGUACCACGAGCAGUGCCGCGCAUCCCUCGAACGCGACUACCUGCGCCAGUUCUACCUCUGGGCUCAGCAAGCGGCCCACAGCGCCGCCGCCCAGAUCGCCCACCAGAACGACACGCCCACCCACGUCGAGAUCUGCGCCCAGGCCUUCAAGCUCAUGGCGCACGUGCUCGGCUGGGACUUCCGAGGCCCUGUUCGGAGGCACGCCGCCGCGUUCUCCAGUGGCCGAAGCGCGUCCGAACCGUCCGGCAGGGCCUCGCGGAAGGAAGGCGACGGGCAUCCUGCUCCGGGGGCGGAGUGGGGGGAGGUUCUGCUCAAUCCGGAGAGCGUAGAUUGGGUUAUCGGGUUUUAUGCGAACUUGCGGCGGAUUGGAGGCCUUCCGGGCCUGGCGGGGGGGUUGGGACAGGGCUGGGAGGAUGCCCCCCUCGCAGUGGCGGCACGCCAGGUCAUCGUACUUUUGUGUGGGCUGACGGGGGAAGUAUUUGGAAAGGACGAGGGUGCCAGGAGAGCGCACUUGCAACGGCUGCUGACGGGGGUGAUGACGUGGCUGGUCCCUGCUGACGUGGCGGUGCAGAAGGCGGCAAAUGGGAGUGAGGCGGAGCUGCUGGACGGUUGCAGGGCGCUCGCCGCCCUCUCGUGCCACUUUUCCGCCGCCGCGUUCAACCAGGCCGCCCCCCCGGCUGCUCCUGACCGCGCGGGCGCGAUCCACUCCAUCGCCGCGCUUUCCUCCGUGGUGAUGUCAGCGGGCGGUGUCGCUGACGUCAGCAGCGAAACUUGGGCCGGAGAGGCCCUCGACAGCCUGCUGGACACGUGGAUGCAGCUGAUUGACCCUCCAACGAAACACGUGUCCCCGCAUGACGCCACGCCCACAUCAGCAGCAGAGUCGGCAGGGGAAGUGUUCCGGGCGUAUGUGGCUGCGGGGAUAGCCUAUGCGAAAGCGUCGGCGCAUGAGGAGGACGACAGCUCGGAGCGAGUUCUAGCUGCGACGGCCGCACGGGACGAACGCUUGGCGGCAGCUGCGGGGCUGGCACGUGUCAGUCCGGCAUUCGCUCUUCCGAUGCUGAGUCAGCUUUUUGCCGAGCGGCGGGCAAGACUGCAGGCGUUAGCGCAAGCCGGGGGCGACUCGACGGAAACGAUGGAAGAGUUAUACUGGUUGCUGCUAGCGGUGGGACACGUCAUGGCUGACGGGGGGGAGGGCGAGGACCCCGAGGUGCCGCAUAGCUUAUUGCAGCUGAGCAUAAGGUAUGCGACGGACGUGGACCGGGACCCUGUGACGGCGCUCUCAAGAGCCGUCCUCGACUUUGCAUGCGUGGGCCUCAGCGCCGAGGGGCGCCAUAGCUUAUUGAGCCCUCGGCUUAUGGAGGCUCUGGUUUGGUUCCUGGCUCGGUGGGCCGGUACGUACCUCAUGCGGGAGCGGGGCCGUACCCGCUCGGCAGGGGGCGCUCAGAACGGUGUGAAUGGGCACGGGCCGGUCAGCGAGGCCGAGGGUUACCCCGCUCUGGACGGGGCCUUUGGCGAGCAGAGUGGCGGAGCUAACACUUUGGAGGCCCUGUUACGGAUCGCGCUCGUUUCGCUGCUCGAGUGGCCGGGGGAAAAAGACCUACAGGCAAUGGUCUGCCAAAAACUCCUCCCCGCGCUAACCCGCCGCAAAACCCUCUGCCGACACCUGGUGAAAAUCGGCCCCUGGCAGGAGCUAGCUCAGGCGUUUGCAACCCUCGCACCGCCCCUUAUCGCCAUCGAAACCUCCCUCCAAAGGUCACUGAGCGAGUCCCUCUCUCGUGGAGCAAUCGGCUUCGACGAUAAAGAAACGGCAGCCCAGUACGUCGACUCGAUUCUCGGACCCGUAGUGAGACGUCUGGCGGAACUGGUGGGCACUCCGGAGUUUGGACACGUGGCGCAGCGACCGGACGUCCAAAAUCUGGUCGGCGCGCUUUUGGAACGCCUCAGGGGGGCGGCCAGAGCGUGCGGGCCACGGACUCAGACCCCCCUGUUUGCAAUGGGGGUCGCCGCGUUUGAGCCGAUGCUUGUGCUACUGCAGGUUUACCACAAUCAGCCGCAGAUCGCGUACCUGGUUCUCAAGUUCGUGGUCACGUGGGUCGAGUCCCAAGUCGCGCACCUGAGCCCCGACGGCAUGGCCGCCAUGCUGCGCUUCUGCCUGGCGCUCCUUCAGGUCUACUCCAGGAACAACAUGGGCAAGGUGUCGUUGGACGCUGGCUCCGCCCUGGCCAGCGAGAACCGCUCCGAGAAGUACAAGGACCUGCGCGCACUGCUGCUGCUGCUCAUGCACCUCACGUCCAAGGACCUGGUCGAUUUCGGCACCCCUACCGCCUCCCCCGGCGGCGAAGCCCCUGACGUGGCGCAGGUCGUCUUCGUGGGCCUGUCCAUCGUCAUCCCGCUGAUCUCGGUGGACCUUUUAAAGUUCCCCAAGCUCUGCCGCCAGUACUUCUCCCUCCUCGCGCACAUGCUGGAAGUCUACCCGGAAAAGGUGGCCGGCCUGCCGCCGCCCCAGUUUGCGUCAAUAGUCGCCACGCUCGACUUCGGGUUGCGACACCAGGAGCCUGACGUCAUUACGCUCUCGCUGGAGGCCCUGUCCGGGGUUGCCUCCUUCCACCACGUGGCGGCGUCCAGAGGCGAGCCCGGGCUGGGCGUACACGUGUCCGGAGCGUCCGAAAGUGUGCUCGCGCACUUUUUGCGAGCGCUUUUACACCUCCUCUUGUUCGAGGAUUACAGCAGCGACAUAGUCGAGCCCGCUGCGAAUGCGCUCCUGCCGCUAAUCUUGUGUGAACAGGCGCUGUAUCAGAAGCUGGGGCAUGAGCUCCUGACCGGACAGUCGGACGCAGAGUUACAGAACAGGUUAGCGUCCGCACUGCAUACGUUACUAAGCAUUAACGGAGUAGGGACGACCUUGGACAGGGGUAAUAAACGGAAGUUCAGGCAGAAUCUGCAAGCGUUCCUGACAGAUGUGCGCAGCUUCUUGAGGACUAAGUAGGUCGUAUAGUUGAAUGAGAUCAACAAAUCCUUCAGAAAAUAAAUCUGGGAGCAGAGACAAACAAGUCACUGUCAAAGGUUCUACAAAUAGAACGGAAGCUCAUAUGGUUGCUGGUGGAUGUUGUGGAUGUUGAUUUGGCUGCACGUUGCACGCAUACGGUGGGCUUAACGAUCAACUGUUUGUU